AGCUCAGAAACUGCCUUGUUUGGGGGCUUCACGGGAUUCAAGAGUGGUUGCCCCCCACUCUUUGCAUGUAUUUAUACCAAGCAUAUGCGGCCUCCACUACCCAAGCUCCAAACUACAUAAUCUCUCUCUGUCUCUCUGAUAAGCUGAACACAAUGAAGCAAAACAUCCAUUCUAUUUAUGUUAUGUUCUUCAUUAUUUUCCUUGUUACCACCUCACAAACAGUAGCUCGUUUCUUAGCAACCAAACAAGGAGAAAAGGAGACAAAGCUGAAUGAAAUCACUACUGGGGGUUCUCUAGUAGAGGGGGAAGAAAAUGACUCUUUAAAUCUUGGAAACUCUCUGCAGCAGCUGAUGGGGGUGGAAGAAUGUCAAAAUGGAGAUGAAGAUUGUCUGAAGAGAAGGAUGGUUGCAGAGGCACACUUAGAUUACAUCUACACCCAACACCAUAAGCCCUAAAAGACCCACCUAUCAAUAGUUUAAUUAUUAGCACCAUGUCUUAUUUUCCUACUAAACCUAUCCUAAAGACCCAUCAGGAGUCGUCACUUGUUGGCAAUAUAUUCUUCUAACAAUUGCCUUUUGAGAAAUUCCAUAUUAGUAUUGGAUUUGGGCUUUAGAUUUGUGUUUUGUUGUAUGCAUAUAUAUUGUAACUGUCACAUUCAAGUAUAUUGUAACUGUCUCAGGGGAAUUAUGAAUUGCUUGCGAGAAGUUUUUUCCAAAAUCUUAUAUGGAAAGCCAAGCAGAGACAUUUCGAUCA